ACAUUUACGAAAGGCAUCGUUGCAAUCUAUGUUCACCUUUGGGUUGAAACUUUAUAAUGUUACACAUAUCUCAAAAUGUUUGAAAAUAAUGUUAAACCAGAUGUUGAGAAUUUUGUAGAUAAGUAUAUCAACCCAAAGGCUUCUGGUAAUCGAAAUUAUAUUUCUGAUGACCUGGAAAUUAAUGAUUCGGAAAACAGAGAUUACUACGGCUUUUACCAUUAUUAUAUGGCAGGGCAGACUAGAAGCAACCGGCAAUUUACUUAUGGUUUGUAAAAUGCUUGAUUUGAUUGGAAAAUGUGAACUUCAUGUUAUAUCUUUGGGACACCCGACUGUAUCAUUCAUUUUAGCACGAUCAGUAAAACUUAUUUAAUUUAUUAUCGUACAUUCUGUAAUUCGUGGUAAAAUUGACACCGGAAAAUUAUUUUCAUUUUCAGCCCGAAUGGUCUGACAAAAAGAGAGCGAAUAGUCGAAAGUAAAUAUCGGAAAAAUGAUAUUCGUCGUGUUGAUAAAUGGCUAAAGAUGAUUAGUAAGUGGGAAGAAGUUGAUUCUUUAUGGCAUCGUAUGUACAAAAAUGGCAGAGCUUCGGAAAAGUUAACCCGAAGAAUUUUUAAAGGAAUUCCUGAUCGAUUUCGUAUGACUGUUUGGCCCCUUCUUCUCUGUGUGACAGAUGUAAAAAAUAAAAAUAAAGAUAUUUAUGCGAAAAUGCUCAAACAAGCUCUAUCUUCUUCAGGUUCACUCAACCAAAUCGAUUUAGAUGUAAAUCGAACAUUUCGUAAUACAGUUUACUUUCGUGAUCGUUACGGUCCACGACAAUGUGCAUUAUUUCGUGUUUUAGCUGCUUAUUCAGUGUAUAACUCUGAAGUUGGAUACUGUCAGGGAAUGAGUGAGUUGGCCGGGUUAUUUCUUAUAUACAUUGAAGAUGAAGAGGAUGCAUUUUGGGCAUUGAAUCAACUGAUGACCAGUUAUCGAUAUAAUAUGCAUAGUGUAUAUGUCGCUGACUUUCCUGGAUUAAAACGUUUAUUUGCCCAUCAUGAACGUAUUGUUCGUAAAUUGUUACCCAUAUUGGAUAAACAUUUUACUAAACAUGAUAUGUUAACUAGUACAUAUGCUUUGAAGUGGUACAUGCAAUGUUUCUUAGAUAGAUUACCUGUUACCCUAGUACUUCGAUUAUGGGAUAUUUACUUAUUGGAAGGUGAAAAGCUACUCUUGGCUAUGGCAUACAACAUACUGAAAAUGCACAGUAAAAGAUUAUUACGAAUGGAUCAGAUGCAAAUGACAUCAUUUUUUCAAGAUGAAUUGGUCAAGGACUUUUUAUUCGAUGAUGAUGAUGUAAUUGAUUCACUAAAAGAUUGUUUAGAGUUAUUACAUAAGAAUAAAUUAGAUACGCCUCCGCCACUGACUUCCGAUAUGUUACCCAAACGACUUGGUCAGUUCAAUUCGGAUCCAAUUUGGCGCAAUCGUAAUGGAACAUUAAUGCCGAGAACAAAAACUGGAACCCUUAAAUCCCACACAGAAAGUCCUUCAUAUAUAAAACCACAAUUAAUAGAUCAACCCAGUUUCAAUGGGAAAUUACGUGCUCGAUUUUCUCCGACCUAUUUACCUAAAACUCUGUCAGUCAAUCCAAUUACUUUAAGCUCUGCCAGUGUAUCGCCCAUAGUUUCGAAUUCAUCAGGUUAUUCUCCUGGUCUUGCUACAUCUGCAUCAAUAUUAACUGUUGCUGCAAUGAAAAAUAGUGGCCGACUCUAUGUUCCAGCAGUCCGUUCUUCGCAAACAUACGGAACUGGUUCUAAUUACACAUUCAUAAGUAAUCAAAAGAUGAAGUUGGAUCAUAUUCCAUCAUCAAUGUCCGUAAUUCAUUCACCUUCUUUUAGUGUUGAUGAGAGCAUCUCUAGCAGCGUUAUAAGUAAUAAUGUUCUGAGUAUUCAACACCAAUCACCGUCAACAUCAAGUCGAUCUCUCAUCAAUUCUCCCGAUGAAAGUUAUGCUACUACAGGUGGUCGUCAUUAUCGUAUUCCAACAAGAUUAUCUCCUAGUUCCAAUCGUUCUAAAGCACUACAUCUUUAUGAAUUGGAUUACGAUAAAAAUAAUGAUAGUUUAUCUGUUGAGUCAAAUCCUGCAAUACAAAAAUCCUCACAACGACCUUUAUCAAGAUUUACACAGAAUAAAGAAAUUAUUAUUAACCGAACAAAUGUUGGGUAUAGUAGCGGUAUAACACAAAAACCGGAUAUCCCCAUCAUUUUAACAACUUCAUCAAUGACACCGUCAUCACGAAUAAAUCGGUGGACAAGUGAACAAAUUUUAUCAGUCAAUGUGAAUCGUCGCUCAUCAACUACUAGUUCUGAGAUAAGUCUUGAACAACCAUGGCAGAAACGUGAAAAGUCUCCGUUAAAAAUUGAGCAAAAAACAGUUAACAAAGGUGAUUAUUCUAGCACUGGUAUAAAUUCUUCCGUUGAUGGUGUAAUAACCAGAUUAGACGAAACAUUAAUGCCUCCUGCAUUGUCAACAACAGCCAACAAAUGGAAUAUACCUAAUCAUUCCAAUUAUCCAACUGUUGUUAACUCUAAUUUUCCCAUAAAUUCAUCAAUCUAUUCUCCAACCAGUCCUAAUUUAUCAACUGAAUCACAAGAUACAAAAUGUUCACAAACUGUACUUACCUCAUCAUCAGCAUCAUUGUCGCCAGUAACCAAAUCAAUUCAAAUUAUUCGCUCGCAAUAUGAUAAAAAUGAUAAGAGCGGUGUAGAUGGUUACUAUCGUUUUAAUGUUUCCAUGAAGAAACCAUAUCUGGAAUCAGUACAACCAAUAAAUGACUAUGUACGUCGUAUACCAUCAGUACCAAGGUCAAAAAUAAUCAUAAAACCAACUGAGAUCAUUAUGCCUGAUCCAAAACCAGUUUCUAAAGAUGUUAAUAAAAAAGUAAUUACAAUUCAGUCAUCGAAUUAAUCCGUACCGUUCUUUAAUGGUAAAUGGUCACAUAGUUAAUUCAACAACAAUGUAAUGUGGGUUAUUAUCCUGAAAACAUUCAAUUUGACGUCUUAUAAAUUACUUUACUAUACAACAUUCCUUAUAUAUAUACUCCAAUAAAAAACAUGUUUAUUUUGUUAUCUAUUUAUUUUUCUGUAUACACUCUACUGAAAAUUAUGCUCAUUUAUUGUUUUUGCACAAGCAUAUUGUGAUAUCUUGUGGAUUACAACAAUAUUAAUUGAAUUCGGUGUUAAUGACAUACAACAUCUGUAAAUUCUUUUACUCCCUGUUGAAUAAAACCGAUUCGUAUGUGGAACUCACUCACAGAAGACAAAGCUGGGCAAAUGGGUAGAGAGAGAAGUAUAAUAUUUCAACGAUAGAGAGAAAAGAAUCCUUUAAUCCAAUUAUAUUACCUUUCUUCCCACACUAUUUUGAUAUGGUAUUUACUUAGAAUGUUAAAUAGUUAUAGUGCUUAUGAGAAAUGCAUGGAGGAAUUUCUUCCUAAUGAAUUUACUAUUAUUUGUAGUAAAUGAGUGCUCAAUUAAAAAACAAUCCGCUUAUUAGUAGUGAAAUGAAUCUUACUCAUCGAUAUUUUCUUAUUAGUCUUUGUUGUUGAUGAUGAAAUUUUUACGUUCUAUUUCCUGUCAUUUAUUUUCCUCCUCUUCUGAAUAUUAUUCUUGCCCCUCUCAUCUACCAGUACUAUCCACGCAAUUCUCUUGAUAUUUUGUCUUUUCACUUACUGAUUUCUAUUUUGUAGGUUAUCUUUCAUUCUAAAUAUCUUGUAUUUUUCAUUAUAACAACAGCAGUAUAAAUGUUGAUCUUCUACUCAUUGUGUAUAAUACAUCAAUUUACUGUGAUUCUUUUACUUGUCGAACUAAAUAAAACGAUAACAUUCAUCAAUUCAUUAUUGGCGUUCUCUAUCAUUUAGUCAAUGUUUCUCCGUAUCCAUGUGAUAUAAAUAAUGGUGAAUUUGUUCGAAAUAUUGUAGUUGAUAAUAAUUACCUUAGAUGAUAUGUUUGAAACCGUUUUCUUUAUGUACUUUGGUUUGGGCAAAUCUCAUGUACAAUAGUAUAACUCAAUGUCAUUUGUUUAAAACUUUACUUCGUUACUGAUUCGAACACUUGCCAUCUUUUCAUAUUUUGUUAUCGUUAUUUAUAUAUUGAUUGGUAACCACAAUGACUGAAUUCCGCACGAAUACAUAUUGUGCAUAUAUGUUUACAUAUGUUCUCAUGCACUCGGUUUUUGUACAUUUAGAACUAUUCGUACUCAACUAAAAUUAAAACUAUGAUAUUAUUAUUAUAGUUUAGUAUUCAUUGUUAUCUAUGCAAUUUAUAUCCUUAUUUAUUCUAUUCAUCAUGUCAAACAGUAUGAUUUAAUAUAAUAUCCCUUAGUCUUUUAAGAAAUUUUAUGUAUUUAUCUGCUUAUAGUGUGUUUCAAUACUACCUGUUAUUCAAUAGAUGCAUUAAAAUAAUGAACACACACAUGUUAGCUUAUUUUCGUGUUAGUAAAUUUUCAAUUCUAUUGUAACCCUGACAAUUACAAUCAUGGUAGAUUGACUCAUGUUUACAAAGCCACAAACUACAAUCAUUGAUUAACAUAAAUAAAAGUGUUGGGGAUUAUUCAUUUGUUUGUUGAUAACUGAAAAGAAAAGUAUCGUUAUUUUUAUUUUCCUAAUUUUUGUUCUUUCUUCUUCAAAAAUACAGUAAACUAAUAAUUUCUCUUUUAUGCUAUUCUAUUAGACUUAAUAAAUAGAUAAAUGAUCCAAUGGUUCAAAUAAUCAAUCCUUAAUUAUUAAUUGAUGAUAUUUGGAAUUAUUAAAAUCAGAUAAGUGUAAUUUAUAUUUUUAAAGAAGAAAAAAAAAGUAAAUAUAUUUAUGCUUCCUGU